GUUCUGCCGAGGUAGUCGGUGCAUUUAAGGACCUCGGCACAGGACAGUUCAGCUGUUGGAAGAAAUACUCCCAUAAUUUUACAGGUAAUUGUCAACAAUUGUCUAUUAACUUUUAUAUUCGUCAUGUGAUAUUGCAUAUUUUUUAAAUGUAUUUGAAUUUUAUUUCUCUACUUUUACGUUAAAAAGCAUUCUUAAAAAAAAUAAUAAUUAAUAACAUCUGUUGAAGUGACACAUUUUUUGUGUGACUUGUUCUAUUUGUAUUGCCUAUAAUAAUUUAAGCAGAUUAAAGCAUUUUAUAAAAUUAUUACAUUUCAAAGUAUCGCAAAAAAAAAAGCCAAAAUAAAUAGUGUUGUCUAUAAUUCCAACUUGUGUGUGGUGGGCACCCGUUAACUUUUCAUCAGUAGUCAUUCGGUUGCUACCGACAUUUGCCACGUCCCCCUGCGGUUUGUAGUCCUUCAGUUGCUACCGACAUUUGCCACGUUCCCCUGCUGUUUUUAGUCAUUUAGUUGCUACCGACAUUAGCCAAGUCCCCCUGUUGUUUUUAGUCAUUCGGUUGCUACCGACUUUUGCCACGUUCCCCUGCUGUUUUUAGUCAUUUAGUUGCUACCGACAUUAGCCAAGUCCCCCUGUUGUUUUUAGUCAUUCGGUUGCUACCGACAUUUGCCACGUUCCCCUUUUGUUUUUAGUCAUUCAGUUACUACCGUCAUUUUCCACGUUCCCCUGCUGUUUUUAGACAUUCAGUUGCUACCGACAUUUGCCACGUUCCCCUUUUGUUUUUAGUCCUUCAGUUGCUACCGACAUUUGCCACGUUCCCCGGCUGUUUCUAGUCCUUCAGUUGCUACCGACAUUUGCCACGUUUCCCUGUUGUUUUUAGUCAUUCAGUUGCUACCGACAUUUGCCACGUUCCCCUGCUGUUUCUAGUCCUUCAGUUGCUACCGACAUUUGCCACGUUCCCCUGCUGUUUUUAGUCAUUCAGUUGCUACCGACGUUAGCCAAAUCCCCCUGUUGUUUUUAGUCAUUCAGUUGCUACCGUCAUUUUCUACGUUCCCCUGCUGUUUCUAGUCAUUCAGUUGCUACCGACAUUUGCCACAUUCCACUGUUGUUUUGAAACUCACAGCAUCUGUUUUGUUGUUUUUUUUAAAACAUAUUUAAUUUGACAAGCAGCGUUAAAAGGAGGGAGGGGGAGGGGGAGACAAGUAGAUGUUGGUAUGAUGAUAUAACAGUUACGAACGCCUCUGUUAAGUUUAUUCAUCAGAUCCGAUCGGUCCUCUAGUUUCCAGUGACAUGUCUUUGUACGGGUGAAUUCAAUAGAGCGUGUUCAAAUAUUUGCAAGCGAGACUGCUCUCAUCGGGACGACCACCGUCGACGGUUGGGGAAAGCUGUACCCAGUCGUUGCUUAUUUUUGUUUCUUCCAGCGGUAGCCCUCUGUUUUAGUGUGGGGAGCAGGAAAACGGGGGUGUGUGGGCGUAUCCAGUUCACGGUUCUGUUGCAUUUAGCGUGUACACUAUGUUUCCUCCAGGCCAGCUACCACUGACCACCAUCGUCAAACAUGGACUCAGGAAGCGCCAGACGUCCAGCAGGUCAACAGAUCACCUCGCCGCCUGGGCUGCCCGGCCGUUCCUACACGCAGUACAACGGGUUCGCGAUGCCCGUGACCUACAUGGACGGCACCUGUCUGACCGCCACCAACUACGGUAACAAGUAAGCUUUCAGUGGGAUUCACGAGGCCUGGGGGGUGGAAGGGGGGGGGGGGUUAUCAAUUAGUGCAGAGUGUAACUUUCUUGACUAAUUAAAAUACUUUAAACAGAAUUAGGCCCACACAUGCAUAAUUUUAUUGUUGAUAUUUUUAUAACUGUGUUAUUAUGAUAACUUUAAAAGUAGAUGAGACUGAGUUAGAGAAGACAUUGAAAACAUUUGUUAUAUUAUAAUUUAUUAACUUACGACUUCAUUAUCUUUUUAUUUAAAUGACAUAUUGUUUUAUUAUUAAAUAACAGACUAACUAACUUAUCUAUUUAAAAGGCUUGUGUGUUGUUGUUUUUAUCGUGUGUGCGUUGUUGUUUUCUUGUUGUAGUUUGCUUAUUUAAUUAUUUUUAUUUUAGGGGGGGGGGGUGGGGUGGUCUUUCUCCAAGACAGUUAUAGGGUUUGUUAGGUGUGGUUGCGACUGAGUAUGAAACCAUUUAGAUAUGUUCAAUUUCAAUAGCUCCAAAUUUUAAAACAAGAUUGAAUUUAAGAAAAUACAACACAUUUCAAGAGCUCAGACUCAUCAGUUCGAUUAGAAUUGUUACAAAGUGUUAUCUUGCCUAUGAAACCGUGUUAGUUAACACAGUCUAUUCCUUGGGGCAUCUGUUAAAAGUGUUACAUAGCCAAUCCCUAGGGCGUCCUUUAACGUGUUACACAGUCUAUUCCUUCAAGCAUCCGUAAAUUUUAGCACAGUCUAUUCCUUCGGGCAUCUGUUAGCUUUUCACACAGUCUAUUUCUUCGGGCGUCUAUUUAUGCAGUAGAUUAUCAUUAUUUGUUUAUGUAUUUAUUGUACCGAUGUUAUACUUAAGAAGGAGUUCUUGUCAGCUCCUAAAUCUAGUUCAGUUGUGAAGGUGCAAGUAAGGGCGGCAGAAACCCAAGAGUAAUUUUCCUGGGUCCUUGUGUCUUUUUUCUGACAACAAGUGGUGAAUGAAGAACUAACACUGAUUCCCUCUUUCGGUAUUCAGCUAUCAGCCGUCUAAAAUGUACAGGGCACCUUUUCCACAAGCUGAGAACCCCAUUAGGCCUGCGCCGCACACCAGUAGACGUUCGAGCAGUAUCGAGUACGUUCACAGUAACAGCGUGUUCACUGUAAGUACCGUUGCCUCUCAACUAGUGCAGUAACAUCGAGUUUACUGUAAGUAUCUUUGUCUCAUCUACUGCAGUAUCAGCGGGUUAACUGUAAGUACCUUUGUCUCAACUAGUGCAGUAACGUCGUUUUUAGUGUACGUACCGUUGUCUCUCAACUGGUGCGGUGUUUACUGUAAGUACCUUUGUCUCAACUAGUGCAGUAUCAGCGUGUUUACUGUAAGUGCAAGUACCGUUGGCUCUCAACUAGUGAUCCCUAACAAGGAGUACAGGGCAUCAUAUCAUGUGGGUCUCGUCCCUAACCUUUAACUAUUUCCAAAUCAUAAAACAAGGGACCAUAAUGAGGGAUAAUAAUGAGGGACGGUUCUAUAAUUAUUUCAUUUCCAUUUUAAUUACAAAAAUUUUUUUUUAAAAUUCUUAUCAUUUUUAAAUUGAUUCAUAAUUUUAAAAAAAAACAACAUAGAUCUAUUAUUAUAAUAGAAUAUAUUAUGUAAACUGGGGGAGAGUUCAUGGCAUAUCUAAAAAAAAAUAAAACAAUAAAUAAACCUGAUUUUAAGAAAUGGGACUUGUCAGAUUGUAGAUUUACGUUGUUUCAUGUUUCAUUAUGUCCACCAACGUGCUCAAUAAUCACAUUAGCACUUAACCACGACACCGUGUCUUACAUUGUGUUUGUUUGCCAGUCAACCAUGCCCAAGAUAACGGGCAACUACGUCAUUCACCCGGACUGGAUCUCGGAGCGAUCAACCGUGAGAAGGUCAAAGUCACUCCUGAAACUCUAAAAUCUUGAACGGGCCAAAGCUGGAUGUGGACAAUGCGGAGUGGAGCCUUCUUGUUGGAGGUCACCGUCUGUAAACUCUGUGUCUAAUGGCCAUUGAUGGUCAAUUUUAAAAGAUGUAUUUUCUCCGCAUAAAGGCGCCUCUAUUUGUUAAUAGCCAUGUGCACAAAUAACUAACUUAAAAUGACUUGAAUAAAGAAACAAAAGAAUAUACAAAAAAGAAGGGGACAAAAUUGCUAUUUUGUUUUAAAGCUGUUAAAAGCUGUUUUAUGAUUUAUUCAACCAAUAUGCAAUUAUUAUUAUUAUUUUAUUUCGCGAAAAAUUCAGAGAAAAGUGGAGGGGGGGGGGGUAAAAAUCAAAUAAAAAUAUUUUGUUUCUUUCUUUUUUUUCUGCAUUUUUCUUCAAAAAAGAAAUUAUUGAAUGUAUCCUUUUUUUAAAAUGUUAGUUACUAAUUUUGUAAAAGUCAGCUGAGUAAGAGGCAGGACAAGAAUAAAAUUGUUUAAUGUAAUUUAUUGGAUGUCUGCUAUUUGAAAUUAUUAUUUUUUAAAAUUUUGUAUUGAUGUAAAUCUAGUCUAGAUAUAAUAGCAUACCAUUUAUUAAUAUAAAAAAUACAUUUAGUUUUUGUGUUGAUUUGUGCUGUACAUUAUUGUUUUAUACUCCAUGAACUGUUAAAUUAUAUUCAGUUUUCUAUGUAGACAUUAAUUAAAGAAUAGUGUGCCACUUGGUGCUGUCAGAUUGUUUAUGUAAUAAAGACAAAAAAAUGCCAUCAUCAGAAUUAUACCUGGUAUAUGUAUACCGUUACAGUAUUAAUUGUAAAUAGAAAGAUUUCAGCAUUCAAGUGUGGUGUGUCCAAGAUGUAAUAUAGUGGAUGAUAUGUUAUAAUCAAUCCAGCUAAAAAAAGAUUUUAAAUAAAUAAAUUUUUUAUACCCUUAUAAUAUUGCAUUUUGCAUGCAGACUGAGAUUUAGCUUUGGUAAUUUUAAAACUUAAAUUCUCUUCUUAAUUUUAAAAAAAAAAUUGUAAUUCUAACGAUUUUUUUUUCAUUUUAAUCAUUCUUUUGAACUUAUUAUUUAAUAUUGUGACAGCUUCCCUUUUUCAUAAAAAAAUAAUUUUCACACAAACAAUGUGUUUAAAUUGUAAUAAUAUAAUAUUAAGUCCUCUGAGAAUGCGGUUAAUUUUUACAUUUGGGGUAUUUCGCAUAAUAUUAAUGAAACACACUGAUGAAUUGUAAUAGUUGGGAGAUGGAAUGAUUCCAAAAAUGUAUUCUGAAACAUGUAUUUUAUGUAUCGAAAAUUUCCCUUGGCUCAGGAGAGUAAUUUAAAUAGAGGAAACGAAAAACCAAAGAAAUAAUUACAAUCCAUCAAGAGCUCAUAAUAACUGGAAAAAAAGUUAUGGAUGGAAAAUAGUUUGAUGGAAAUUUGUUUGAUUAAGAAUUUAAUCGAAAUGAAAUUUGUUUCAUUAGAAAUGUUUUUGAACGGUUAUGUGUUUCACUGAUAUUGUUUAAUGAAAAUUAGUUUGAACGGACAAUGAUUUGAACGUAAAUUUGUUCAAUUAGAAAUGCGUUCGAAUGGAUAACUGUUUGACCGGUAUUGUUUGAUGGAAAUUAGUUUGAACCAAACAUCCUUCGAAAAGAAAUUUUUUCAAAAAGAAAUAACAAGGGGGAAAACACAAAAAAAAUAAAUCAAAUUUAAUUUAAAAAUUUACAUUUUCCACUUUUUUCAUUCUAAAUUUACCUAAAAAAACAAACAUUUAAAAAUUAAUAAAUCUCCGCUUAACAAAUUUAAUUUUGAAAAAAAAUUCUUUCGAAACAAUUUCCAUUAAAACAAACUUCCGUCAAACAUAAUAUCUUUUAGAACAAAUUAACUUUUGAACAAACUUCGGUGGAACAAUAUUCUUUCAUACAAAUAUCCAGAUAGGAGAGCUUAUCCUUUAAGCCUUAUUUUAUAAAUGUAUUAUAAUAUAGGCCUAAACAUGUAAAAUAAAUAUUCAAUGCUUUUAAAAGUUUGGUUUUUUCCUUCUUUAAUGUGUCUGUGUGUUUAUUUGAGUUUAUUUAUGUAUGAUUUUUUAGUAAAUUAAUUAAGCUUACAUUACAAAACACUGUAGGCAUGUAUUUAACAUACCUACUUUCUAAAUUGAAAUAAGUAUUUUGAUUACUUACAACAACAAUGUAAUUUCAGCUCUUGAAAUAUAAAAAUGUAUCUAUUAUUUUUAUGUUAAUUCUGUAUUCUAUUUCUAUGUACUACAUCCAUCCAUAACUUUUAAGAAGGCUAACUAACGUCGCUUUCCCUUUCAUUAGUAUUAGCUGAUUGAUGUUAAUAAACAAUGAAAAU